AUGUCCAAUGACAAGCGUACGGUUUAUGUCGGUUCGUUGGCGGAUGAAGUCAAUGAAAAACUGUUAAACGAUGCCUUCAUACCAUUUGGAGACAUUGCUGAUAUACAGAUGCCCGUCGACUAUGAGACACAAAAACACAGAGGGUUUGCAUUUAUCGAAUAUGAAUCGCCGGAAGAUGCAGCUGCCGCAAUAGACAAUAUGAAUGAUGCGGAGCUGUGUGGACGAACAAUACGUGUGAACUUAGCUAAACCUGUUCGCAUUAAAGAAGGCAGUUUCAAACCCGUUUGGGCGGACGAUGAUUGGCUUCAGAAACAUGCCGGAGCGACUUUGGCAGAAAAGAAUGAAGUUGAGGGCGGAGGUAGUGAACCACAAUCGACAGAGGAAGCACAAACACCGUCAACAGGUCCCGCUGUAAUCGAGAAAAGUGAAAAACGGAAUCCACAAGUUUAUUUCGAUAUACGAAUAGGGGGCAAUGAUGUGGGCCGUAUUGUAAUGUUACUAAGAGCGGACGUAGUUCCUAAAACAGCUGAAAAUUUCCGUGCACUUUGUACACAAGAACAUGGAUUUGGUUAUAAAGGAAGUUCUUUCCAUCGUGUUAUACCAGAAUUUAUGUGUCAAGGUGGAGAUUUCACCAACAAUAAUGGUACUGGUGGUAAAUCAAUAUAUGGCAAGAAGUUUGCUGAUGAGAAUUUCACUUUGAAGCAUAAUGGAUUCGGAACGUUAUCUAUGGCUAAUUCUGGACCAAAUACAAAUGGAUCGCAAUUCUUUAUAUGCACAACAAAAACCGAUUGGUUAGACAAUAAACAUGUUGUAUUUGGUCAUGUAAUUAGUGGAGCGGAUGUUGUCCGGAAAAUUGAACGUGUCGGUUCAAAAACUGGCGCAACAACGAGCAAAGUUGUUAUAUAUGCAUGUGGAGAAUUGAAAUGA